AAAUUCCUUGUAAUUUUUGUUAACAUUUAACAGCGACGCAUUGUGAGCAUAUUUUUAUUUAUCAAUAAAAACUUCAAUAAUUUGAAAAUAAAAUUUGAUCAAAAUGGUUGAUAAAAGUUCAGACCAAAGUAUUAUGGAUAAAUCCAUGAGAUCGGUUUUUGUGGGCAAUAUUCCCUAUGAAGCCACCGAGGAAAAACUAAAAGAAAUUUUUAGUGAAGUUGGUCCUGUUGUUUCUUUAAAGCUAGUCUUUGACCGUGAGAGCGGCAAACCUAAAGGUUUUGGAUUUUGCGAAUACAAGGACCAGGAGACUGCUCUAAGUGCUAUGCGUAAUUUGAAUGGUUAUGAAAUAGGCGGACGUACUCUGCGUGUAGAUAACGCUUGUACCGAGAAAUCGCGUAUGGAAAUGCAACAACUUUUACAAGGACCGCAGGUUGAGAAUCCAUAUGGUGAACACUGUGAUCCUGACCAGGCACCGGAAAUAAUAACAAAGACUGUGGCAUCUCUGCCUCCCGAACAAAUGUUCGAGUUGAUGAAACAAAUGAAGUUGUGCAUACAAAAUAAUCCUUCUGAAGCUAGACAAAUGCUCAUGUUGAAUCCCCAGCUGGCCUAUGCCUUGUUACAAUCUAUGGUAGUAAUGCGCAUUGUUGAUCCACCUACGGCCUUGAGCAUGUUAUUUAAAGCUAAUCAAAUGCCACCGGUAUUGGGUGCAAAACCCUUAUCGGGCGGGCCAGUAUCGCAAGGCUUGGGCUCAAUGCAGCAAUCGCAAAUUAUACCGCCAGCAGCAAACAUGAGUGGUCCACCAAUGCCUGUGCCAGUACCCAAUUUUAAUGCAAUUCCUGGAAAUGACAUUGAUUUGCGUGCUAUGUCCGGCGUAAAUAUGCCCUCACAGCCACCAAUGGAUCCUCGCCAAAUGGACCCACGCAUGUCACGAAAUAUGGAUCAAGAUAUGAGAUCUAUCCCUAAUCCCGUACCACCACCGCUUAUGGAUCCACGCAACCAGCGCCAACUGCCACAGCCGCAGAUGAAUACACCCCCUUCAUUUCCCAGUGAUCCACGACAAAGAUCAAUGGAUCCUCGUUUAAGAGGUGCUGGACCCGGACCCAGUGGAGCUGUUCCUCCAUCAACGGCUCAACAAACUGCUCAACAGCAAUUACAAAAUCGUUUAGCCACCAACUGUGGUCUUCCUAAUGAUGCCUCUGACCAAGAGAAGGCCGCAUUAAUUAUGCAAGUUUUACAGUUAACCGAUGAACAAAUCUCUCAGCUUCCUCCAGAGCAAAGAACUAGCAUUUUAGUACUCAAAGAACAAAUUGCAAAAAGUACUCAACGUUAAAAGUAAAAUAAAAAUGUUUGUAUUUUUUAAUUCUGAAAUAAAGUAAUAAUCUAUAAAACGUAAUAAAGUAUCUUCGUAAAAUGAUAUAUUCAACAAACUAAAA